AUAACUUUGUGUGACUUAUCACAUCUUCAACUAAACUACAGUGACUCUCAGAACUCUCCUCCUGAGAAACAUCGUCUCCACUACUUCCUGUGCCUAUUGGACAGCACACGUAAUUCCAAUUAGCCUGAGUAGAACCUAUUGUCUUUCUACUACCCUCGCGCUCCUGGUGAACGCCUUGCCUCGUUACUAUGGCACCACCAACAGCGCCGUUGAACUUGGACGUUGAAGCCAUCUCGGGCAUAUGUGGAUCCAUAUCCAUCGCCGCCUGGGUAGUAGUCUUUAGUCCGCAGAUCCUCGAAAACUUUCGACGCUCCUCGGCCGAUGGACUUUCUCUUCAAUUCAUUAUCGCCUGGCUCGCAGGCGAUGUAUUCAACAUUCUAGGGGCCGUCUUCCAGGGCGUCCUGCCGACGAUGCUCAUUCUCGCCAUUUACUACACUAUUGCCGAUAUAGUCUUGCUAGCUCAAUGCUUCUAUUACAAGGGCUUCACAUGGAAGGAUGAGAUUGUGCCCACUCCAAAAAAGAGCCCUAGAGUCUUGGGCACUGGCGAGCCCACCGAGAGAACGGGCUUGCUCAAUGGCGCUGGCCCUCUUGCGCAGCACAGAGAGAGAAGAGACAGCAACCAGAGUUGGAGUCACUUAUCUCCCGCCGUGCCCAUGCUCUCCGAGCAGCCCUUUACACCCCCGCCGCCGUCCACGAGUCUCCAGGUAGUCUUCAGAAAUGCUGUGUCUAUCUUGAUGGUCUGCAUUGCCGGGGUAACUGGAUGGUACAUGAGCCGCCGUUAUGGUGGUAGCCACCCAUCUCAACCUGCCGACGACAACCUCCCUCAAUUCGAUGUAUUAGGCCAAGUGUUUGGUUGGUUGUGCGCAGUCCUGUAUCUUGGAUCACGCCUUCCCCAGAUGCUACUAAACUACCGACGCAAAUCUGUUGAGGGUGUUUCCAUGCUGUUUUUCCUGUUUGCGUGUCUGGGAAAUUUGACAUAUGUUUUGUCUAUUCUCGCAUACGAACCAACAUGCGCUAAGCCAAACCGCUGCCAUGACGGUGACAUUGGUAGGAUAUAUGGAAGAUAUAUAUUAGUCAAUCUAUCCUGGCUGGCUGGUAGUUUCGGUACCCUCCUUCUAGACUUGGGAAUCUUCGCUCAGUUCUUCAUCUACGGCGAGAACGAAGCCACACUACUGGACGACGAAGAAGAAGGGUUCGAAUACGAAGAAGACAACAUCGAUGAAGAACGUUGGGACCAGCGUCCGGUGCUUGAGCGCUUGGGAUCUGGCCAUGCUUAGACAUUUUUUGUUCUGCAUGCUACAUUGCCUUUGUGGCCCCAAAAAGGAUUCUCAUGAUUAUAGGCGGGCCUGCAAUAGGAAUGGGAAAACAGAUUUUGCAUAAAGAAAAAAAAGGCGUUUAGCGUGUUUCUUCA